CGGCCCUGCGGCCUCGGGUUGCCUUGGCAGCGACUUGUCGGGACACAGGGGGACGGCGGAGGGGGGAACGUGAGCGCGCCCCUUCUCUCUCCUCCGCCUCUUCUGUCCACCAUUACCGUGCCUUCACCUGCAGCUCUCAGGAGAUGGGGCCGGGCGGUGUCUGGGUCCGUGUGCGUUUCUGCGGGAAGGAGCAGGAGUUUGAUUCUUCCUUCUCACUGAACUAGCGGGCUUGGACUGGGAUGUCAGAAAUCCUGGUUUCCGCCUCUGGUGCUGGUCGGGAGGGGACGGGGAAAGGUGAGGACCAUCCCUCCACGGCUGCUUCCUCAAUUUUCCCAGCCCAGCAAUGGGAAGGAUCAAGUUUUCUCCUUUCCCACAGGGAUGAUAUGAGGAUAAAGAGAUUUAUCAGCCCCCAGUCAAGUCAGGAGUGUAAAUAGAGUCAUGCGUGUAAACUGCUUCACCAGAGAUGGGUGGUUAUGAAUGGGUUCAGUGCUUUGGCAAGAUGUUGUCUGAAAAUGAGUUUGAAUGACUAGGGCUUGAGUGCUAGGGCUGUGUCCUUUUAUCUCUCUGUUUCUUGGAUCACCUGGACUGGGGAAGAGCACCCAGCAGGUGCUCAAUACAUGUUGAAUUAAGCAAAGUAGGGACCUGUCCCUUUGUUGUAUUUAUGGCAUCAGUAUUUUAAACGAUGGAACCCUUUUCUCCGAGAAGGGUGGUGCUGCUUUAAUGGGUAGGGUGGUUCUGCCUCAAGAAUAUUCUAAUGAAGUACUGAAAGCAGAAUCUUACAUUUUUGGAAAUUGAUUCAUUAGUCAUUAAACUUCAUUUUCAGUGAUCUUGGUAUUCAUGGGAGCAACUGGAAGACUUAGUCCCUUUUUUACAAUUUGGAGAAACUGAGACACAUUUUUAAAUUUCAUGUAACAAAUAUGCAGCAGGGCAAAAUGAAAUAUUCUUUGAAAAAUAAAACCUGUGCCUAAACAUACACACGUAAGUCUUUUGACUGUCAAAUGGGAGCCUUUUGGGAUGCUACACUUAUUCCAUGGGUGCUACCAUUGGCAAAACGUCUUGUGUUUCCAUAUGAAUUUGCCUUAAGGGCCUGUGGCAUCAUGUUAGUGAUGGCAAGUUUUUAUCCUUUGAAGGAAUAUUUUUUUGUUUGAAAGGGCCAGAACUUAUUUGGAACAAAUCCAUGUGAUGAAGUGUGGUGGGUGGAGGAUGACAGUACUCAAACUUGGCUCUACUAUUUUUGGGUGAAAAUGUUUCAUGAGUAUAAAGUAAGGGGACUGAUUUUCUCUUCUGGAGAGUAAACAAGCUCACAAGGCAAUUCCAAAUGGCAGAAGAGUUUCCAGAAAUAUUUUGCACAGUGAUUGCAUUGCUGAAAUAAUUGUACAGCCUCCCAGAAGUAAUAAAAACUUUGAAAGAUUUUAUUAUUUUGGAUUUGUAAGCUCUUUUGUUCAGCAGACAAUUAGUGCCACCUGUGAACAAUCUGCCGGGCCCUGUUGAGUGAGGCAGAGUUCCACCUUAAGGAGAACCCUUUAAUAGAAUGUUCAUCUAUUGUACAUAAUUAUGAUACGGGAUGACAAGUGUUAGCUCAGUGGGAGCACAGAAGAAACGGUGGGUAAGGGUAGAAGUUACUUAGAUUGGGGAGUAGGGAAUAGGGAGGAAGGGAUGGAUGGUAGUACUCCAGGCAAAGGAGACAGUCUCUGUUUGCUGACAUGAAGGCAUGUUCAGAUACACGACAGAGAGUGGUGAAAUAUGGUUGGAGGGAUAAUUUGGACCCGAUCAUGAAGGGUUGUGUUUGUCAAAAAGUUUGAACUUUGAGUAAUGGAGAGACGUUAAAGGUUUUCGAACAGGAGAGUGACAUUGCUUUUAGAAAGAAAACUGGUAGCUGUGUGGAGGAUGGACUGAAAUGGGGAAAGAUUGGUGAAAAGAAACCAGACUGGAGGCUCUUUGAAUAAUUUUGGGGAGUGUAACGUAGGAUUAAAUAAAGUUUUGUGGCUGUUGAGACGGAGAAGGGGGGCUUAGAUUUAGGAAUUAUGGUUAAAAAAUAUGGUUUAGUUUACUUCUUUUUUGUGUGCCUGCUUUACACAUAGCAGCAACCUUAUGAAGGAUAUAAAGGUGUCAAGGCAGUCAUCCUUGUGUCUCAUUCAUUCUGUGGGAUGUGAUGAGUGAGGGAAGACUGAGAGUUGACCCUGAAGGUGACCCGUGGACUGCUCUGAGGGAACACCACUGCCACUGGCAGAGGAAGGUGGGCAGAAAGCUUCGGGCUCAGAAUCAGGUCUUGAAAAAAGGUGUCGUGGAUGAACAAGCAAAUUCUGCUGCUUUAAAGGAACAACUGAAAAUGAAGGAUCAAUCACUGAGAAAACUACAGCAGGAAAUGGACAGUUUGACAUUCCGAAAUCUGCAGCUUGCCAAGAGAGUAGAGCUACUUCAAGAUGAGCUGGCUCUAAGUGAACCCCGAGGCAAGAAAAACAAGAAAAGUGGAGAAUCUUCUUCUCAGUUGAGUCAAGAGCAGAAGAGUGUCUUUGAUGAAGACCUGCAAAAGAAGAUAGAAGAGAAUGAACGGUUGCACAUACAAUUUUUUGAAGCCGAUGAGCAGCACAAGCACGUGGAAGCAGAGCUAAGGAGUCGGCUGGCCACUCUGGAGAUGGAAGCGGCCCAGCACCAAGCUGUGGUCGAUGGCCUGACCCGGAAGUACAUGGAAACCAUCGAGAAGCUGCAGAACGACAAGGCUAAACUAGAGGUAAAAUCUCAGACUCUAGAAAAGGAGGCCAAGGAAUGUCGACUUCGGACAGAAGAAUGUCAGUUACAGUUAAAGAAUCUUCAUGAAGAUUUGUCAAGUAGAUUAGAGGAAUCCUUAUCAAUCAUCAGUGAAAAAGUACCUUUUAAUGAUACAAAAUAUAGUCAGUAUAAUGCUCUGAACGUUCCAGUCCACAAUAGGAGACAUCAGCUGAAGAUGCGGGAUAUCGCUGGGCAGGCCCUGGCUUUUGUUCAAGAUCUCGUCAAGGGUCUUCUGAACUUUCACACCUAUACAGAACAGAGGAUUCAGAUUUUUCCUGUUGAUUCUGCCAUUGACACUAUAUCUCCAUUGAAUCAGAAGUUCUCACAGUAUCUUCAUGAAAAUGCAUCCUAUGUCCGCCCUCUUGAGGAAGGAAUGCUUCAUUUAUUUGAAAGUAUUACUGAGGAUACUGUGACUGUCCUGGAGACAACUGUGAAAUUGAAAACUUUUUCAGAGCACUUAACCUCUUACAUAUGUUUUCUUAGGAAGAUUCUUCCUUAUCAGUUAAAAAGUUUAGAAGAAGAAUGUGAAGCUUCCCUUUGCACAUCUGCAUUACGAGCCAGGAAUCUAGAGCUGUCCCAGGACAUGAAAAAGAUGACAGCUGUGUUUGAGAAGCUGCAGACUUACAUUGGUCUUCUCGCCUUGCCAAGUACGGAGCCAGAUGGACUCCUUCGGACAAACUACAGUUCUGUCUUAACAAAUGUUGGUGCUGCUCUGCAUGGAUUUCACGAUGUCAUGAAAGAUAUUUCCAAACAUUAUAGUCAAAAGGCUACAAUAGAGCAUGAACUUCCAACAGCAACACAGAAGCUCAUAACAACUAAUGAUUGCAUCCUGUCAUCAGUAGUGGCAUUGACAAAUGGAGCAGGAAAGAUUGCAUCUUUCUUCAGCAACAACGUGGACUACUUCAUUGCUUCCCUGAGCUACGGGCCUAAGACAGCGAGUGGAUUCAUCAGUCCUCUCUCAGCUGAAUGCAUGCUGCAAUACAAGAAAAAAGCUGCUGCCUAUAUGAAGGCUUUGAGAAAGCCCCUCUUGGAAUCUGUGCCUUAUGAAGAAGCACUGGCAAACCGCCGGGUCCUUCUCAGCUCUACUGAAAGUCGAGAAGGCCUUGCACAACAGGUUCAGCAGAGUUUGGAGAAGAUUUCUAAACUGGAGCAGGAAAAAGAACAUUGGAUGUUGGAAGCACAGUUAGCUAAAAUCAAGCUGGAGAAAGAAAACCAGCGAACUGCAGAUAAACUGAAGAGCACAAGUAGUGGGCAGGCGGUUGGGGUAGCCCAGGAAGGGGCCACCGUGGUGACCGCUGCGGGCCAGGAAGAUGCGUCUGCCAAGGCUGUGCCGGUGCCCGUUCACAGCACUAGUUUGGGGAAGGUGACUGCCUAGAAGAACAUUUAACAAACAGAGCAGAAUUCUGACAUCAGUUCGGGUACCAUCUGGGGAAGUGCAACGCUGCCAGCACUCAUCUUUGGACUUCCCUUCAGAGUCCGUUUAUUGAUCAGGUCAGACUGUUCUCCAUUGGGUCUGAUUUCUUCUUUCUCCUGUCUUCUCUCCCUGCUUCCCUGCAUCUGCUCCUUCCGUUUUCUCCCAUUUGCACUAACAGUAAUUGGUGCUGGCAGGGAGUAACUAUGGGAGCAGACCAGGGAGGGCACUGAUGACAGUGAUAGUAAUUGCAGUAAUCAUAUGCCAGCCACGGUUCUAAGGACUUUUCAGUGUGUUAACUCAGUCAGUCCUCACACAGAUCCUAUGAGAUUGCAGGUACUAUCAUAUCUUCAUUUUAUAGAUGAGGAAACUGGUGGACAGAGAGGUAGAGUAACUCAUCUGAAGUCACACACUUGGUAAGUGAUGGAUCUAGGGUUCAAACCCAGAACAUCUAGGUCCACACCCUGUCCUUUUAAUCAACAUGGCCUUUUGCUCUGAUGGGUGUCAGAAAAUAGAUCAGCGGACAAACGUAUUUGUUUAUGGCUUGCGUUUCUGAAGUACUGGAAGUUGGCAACACUGGUGUAUUUGAGUCAUUAAUGUCAGUUGCUGAAAGUUGAGGACUGUCUUUUUAUUUGAACAUUUUCAAAGGAGAGCACAGUAUUCUUACAUAUGUAAGUGAGAAAGAUUUCCAGGGACAUGGGAAACCUUUAGUACCAAACACUAUUGGUCUGUGAGUGAUGAUGACUUUAUUUGGGCUUGGUGAGUUUGGAAGUUGCUAUAACUUUAAGUUGUCUGUCUGGUUAGCAUGUGUGUGCUAUUUCUGUCUGCAUCUGUUAAGGAUCUCUUUCCUCCCACCCACUUCAUAAGGUGCUAGAAGAGUAAUUUUCCUAGAGUAUGUUACUGAUUAUGCACUCUAUUGCUUCUAGACUUUUAGUGGCUCCCUAUUAUCUAUAGGAUAUAGUCCACUCAUUAGUUUGGCAUUCAAGGUCUGUGAACACCUAUUCCAAACUACCUUUCUUCAGCAUUUCCCUGUACAAACUCAAACCGAGCUUUCUUUCCUGAUAACGUUUUUUUGUGUUUUUGCUUCCCUGUAUUGUUCAAGCUGUUUCUUUUGCCUGGAUGCGUAUUUAUUCAUAACUCCUGUCACCUACAUACUCAAAUACUUUGCCUUCCAACUCCUCGACUUUCUUGAAUUCAAAACUCUUCCCAUCAUUAAGAUACAGUUGAGUUGCCACAUUUUCCAUGAACCCCAGUUUUGGGCAUUGUCUUUGACAGUCAGGAUCAGAGAACCAAGACCUUGUUGGCCUCCUUGCAUUUUUCACAGUCUAGUCUAUAUGGUGAAUGUAUUCCCGUCCCUUGGUUGCUUUCAGUCUAAUGGAAUGAGAGCCUGGAUAGACAUCUGUCCAGAGUGCUGGGAGAUGACAGAGAAGUUGCCUGGAGGGCUUGGGGAGGGCAUCCCAAAGGAGGUAACAUGGGUGGGUUUCAUAAAUGAGCAGGAGGCCGAGGCAGGAGAAGAGUAUUUCAGGCUGAGAGAAGGGUCUCCCCACAUAAUUCACUUUCUCUCCUGCACGUGGCAGAUUCCUGCUGAAAAUAACCUGGAGACAAUAGAGAGAAAAAGGGAGGCUUUUUUUUUUUUUUGCCUUCCCUGAUGUUUCCUUUUCAGCCUUUCUUUUUAUCACCCCACCGCCCCCCCAACCUCCCAUCCUGCCUUAAGUCAAGUUAAGUGAACUGAGUGUGUGUGUCUCCUUCUGUUGUCUUCCUCUUGGGUGUUGGAACAAAGUCUAUGCCCAUUUUAAAGUUAAUUGACUAACAAAGGAAACGCAAAAGUCCCCAGAAGAUUCCUUUGGUUCAAGCACUUUGGGGCUGAAAAAGUUACAUCAGAUAGAAACUUCUUAUUUCUAACCCUAUAGCAUUGCAAAAGUUAAAUGUUUAUUAUGUUUAAUUAACAUAUCUAGGACUGUAAUUUGAACAUUCAGCCCCCUGUUAAUUAUUGUAAUAAAAGGUAGGGACUUCUCUGGUGCCGGAGUGGUUAAGAAUCUGCCUGCCGGGCUUCCCUGGUGGCGCAGU